AUGGACACUGUGGCCAAACAAUCCCGCCGGUUAGUAAUGGAAAAUAGAAAGUCUCCUGAAACGGAGGCCGUGCUGGGGGAUCGCCUGUCUCUGCUUCCCGGGGAGCAGAGUGACAUAUGUAAAUACGUGCCAUCGUCCAGGUUGUUAACCCCGAGGCCACCGAGCCCUAAGCUCGGGCCACCGCAUCUGCUGGACGCCGGGGCGGUGACGCACUCUGCCGGCGACGCCGGCGAGCCCACCGCCCACACGACCCCGAAACCGGGCAAAGGGCACGGCGGUGGCUACGUCACACGUGUGCGACAGCACCUGCUCGGGAUGUCAAGCUUUCUAAGAGACGACGACGCGGUUCUUCCUUGUGAGGUUGAGGCGCUUGAGAGGCGAUCGGGGCUCGGAGCCGAUCCGUUCCUGCUUGACUUUGGGUCGGUGCCUCGUAAGAGAGCUCAUUUCCCGGGUUGCCGGUCCUUGCCUGGAGACACGCGAGUUGAGAGAUGUGUGGAAAGCCUCGGGCUGGGGACUUCGCGGGAGGACUCACUCCCUCGAGAUCCCGAGGACCAGAGCAGAGAGCAGGGCUGCUGAGACCCUGUAGGAUGUGACUCCGAGGAUCGCGUGCUGUACACCAGGGCUACCAAGCCCGGAGAGCUUCGCGCUUCCUCCUCCUGCUCCCUUCCCAGGGAUGGACUCUUUGAGUCGGGGGAGCUUAUUAAAGCUCGGGCGGGAAAGAGAGAAUCACAAUUAAAGAAAUUAUUCCGACUCUUCGAAGUCCGACACUUUAAUAGUAACUGGGGAGCAAUUGCGUUCAGGGAGAUCGAGGACAGGUUUCCUGGUCAGAUCCUGAGGAAGAGUUUUCUGAGGAGGCCCCCUUUGGAGGACAAUGUAUUAUUGAUGGAAGAGGACCCGCCAGUAACCUAUCCAAAAGUAUUGUCAUGGGAAUUAGGUGUGUGUGGGUUCCAGGAAGGGCGAGGGCUGACAGCGCACUACCGCAGUCCGAUGAAUGUUCUCACCACCGAACGUUGGGGCUUUUCAGCAUGUUGGAUUUUUAAACAUGUUCAGGAUGUCAAUGAUACUGUUGACAAACCAGGGGACACUGUUUUGGAAGCAGACUCAGACUCCGGUAGAAUGAGCUAAUUUUUAUCCAAAGCAGUUGGAUCAGGAGGGCAAGUCCUACGUUUUGAGAUGAAAGACCAUCGUGAUAGGGUUAAGAAGAAUAAACAUGAGCAUAAUUCGUGGAGCUUAAGUUAAAUCCAAGAGUGGCCAGACCAUGUUAAUUUUAUUUAUAGUGAUAUUUCAAAAGCAGAGGAAGAUAUAAACAUCACACAGGGUAUUGAACUUUUGGAUGUGACUUGCCUCUGUGCUGCUCUCUCAUGGGAACAGAUAAGUGAGGUCAGAAGUGGAAUUCUGCUUCCAAAAGUCAGACCAAACAUCAACACAAAUUUACAGUUACAUUCUCAAAGGAAAUUGAAGUUGGAAAUGAAGUGUUUCACAAGGAGCACCAUGUUUAGCCUUUCAAGCUGGUUGAGGAAGUUCAGCCCACGAGUGAACUGGUACCUGUGA